ACCACAUGUAUUCUCUCUCAAAAGAAGAAAGAACAGCUUAGCUAAGAACUCUAGAGAGAGGGAGAGUAUAUUACUGUAUCAAUGGAGGUGGUGAGAAGGAGGAGCUUCGGUUGGCCAAUAAUGGCAGUGGUGCUAACAUGCGCCUUGCUCAUGAUGCUGCCUCAAGUCUACUCGGUUCGCUACAUUGUGGGAUCGAGAUUCGGGUGGACUAACAGUGUCAAUUACACCAAUUGGGCUAAGGACAAACAUUUCUACAAUGGCGACUGGCUCUUUUUUGUGUAUGACAGAAACCAGAUGAAUGUGCUUGAGCUAAACAAGACAGACUACGAGAGCUGCAAUACUGAUCAUCCUCUCCACAAUUGGACCACUGGAGCAGGAAGGGACGUUGUUCCGCUUAAUGUGACUAAGACCUACUAUUUCGCUAGUGGCAAAGGAUACUGCUAUGGAGGCAUGAAAGUGGCUAUUCAUGUUGAAAAGGCACCUCCACCACCAAAAGCUGCUCCAGUACGCAGCAGUUCAACAAAUUUGCUCAACUCAUUCAAAGGACAGAUAUUGAUACCAGCUCUUUUCGCAACUGCUGCUGUGUGGGAUGCAUUUCUUCUGCUCUGGUAGGAUGGUUAAUUGACCAUAAAUGUUGGUGGAUGCUUCAGAUAAUUAGUUAAACCAAGUGUCAAGAAAGUGUUUAGUUUUGUUUUUCGUGUGUUUGUAUUUUCUUUUUUAUUGAAAGUUACCAUCCUUUUUUUUUUCCACUACUGCCAUCAUCAUUUGACCUGAAAAUCAAUUUUUUAUUUCAGAUCAAAUCGGUGGGGGUUCAUUUGAAAAAUUUGUUUAUUUAUGUUCUUUACCUAAACAACUUUACAAUUGUUUCAUUGGAGAAAUUGAUUGCGUGAAUCAUGGAGACCUUUCAUGUUAU